CUUACCAUUCAACCAGAUGGCGAAUUUCCAGAAGCUGAUAGCCACCUUCUUGGUGGUCCUCACUUUCGCCUUCGUCUACUUCGCUCAGACCGUCGAGGCGACAAAAGGGCCCAAGAUCACCCACAAGGUCUACUUCGAUAUCAAGCAUGGCGACGAGGAUCUUGGACGCAUUGUGAUGGGUCUGUAUGGCAAGACUGUGCCAAAGACGGCUGAGAACUUCCGAGCUCUCGCUACCGGAGAGAAGGGCUUCGGAUACGAGGGCUCCAUCUUCCACCGUGUCAUCAAGGAUUUCAUGAUCCAGGGCGGCGACUUCACCCGCGGCGAUGGCACUGGCGGCAAGAGCAUCUACGGCGAGAAGUUCGACGAUGAGAACUUCAAGCUGAAGCACAGCAAGAAGGGUCUUCUCAGCAUGGCCAACUCCGGCAAGAACACCAACGGCUCGCAAUUCUUCAUCACCACCGUCAUCACCUCCUGGCUCGAUGGCCGCCACGUCGUCUUCGGUGAAGUCCUCGAGGGCAUGGACAUUGUCCACAAGAUUGAGAAUGCUCCCAAGUCGGCGGGAGACAAACCAAAAGACGACAUCAAGGUCGCCAAGAGCGGCGAGCUUGAAGUGCCAGAAGAAGGUUUGCGGGCGGAGCUAUAAGCCAGUUACGCAGGAACCGCAGAGGCUGCUGAGCCUUUGAGUCCGGGGGAGACGUUCGAUUCGGACGACGUGUUCGCCGGGGCCAAGGCUUCGCUUAAGGAGCAGGUCACCUCGCACAUCAACGUGGAGAAGGUUACCGCUGGUGCGGGUCUGACCAUGCCAGUGAAGCUGUUUCUGGUCGCGGCAAUCGUCGCGGCGUGUUGGAUGUUCGUCAAGGCUCACAGCGCGAGGCGGACAGGGCCAGCGGGAAGGCAUGGAGCUUAUGAGAAAAGCGGUUUACCAUAGACGACAUGCAGGGAAGUAUGAUCAAUCUAAGAAACUCUUGAAGCCAUUUUUCGAGAGUGGUUAC